GCAGGUGGAACUGCCAGCCGCAGGGGUGCAGAAUUUAACUACAGUUCUAGUCUUUCCUGCGGGGACACGCGCUCGGCAGAAACACACUGUAGAACACAGUGCAAAGAUACGACUUGGCGGUAUGAGCUGAUAUUUUAUCUUUCCGGAAAUGUAUGUUAGCGCCCGCACCUGAUAUUUUGUAGAAGAGCCAUACUCGACGGGCCAAAGAGCCGCAUGUGACUCGCGAGCUGGGGUUUUGCCGACCACUGGGUGUUCCAGUCGCGAUUGGAAUGUAUCAGAUCUGUUGGCAGCAGAAAUGCUCGAACUUCUCGAUUCAUUUCGUGUUGGGGUAGGAUUCAGCGAGAACAAGGCUACUACAGUACAAUUUAUUACUGUGAAGUGUGGGAACACCGACUGUUUUAAGUUGAUUCCAAGAGAGUGGGCGAAGACGAAAAGUAGGUUUUCGAGGCAACUAAAGACGCCAGAAAGACAAAGAGAAACAAGAAAUGGAAGAGAGAACAUGAGGAACAUGUAAACCAAGACGAUUAUGCAACUGGAAUGUAUUAGGAACAACAGAGAUGGAAGCAUGGAGAGAAAUGCCACACAAAGUAACUGCCGUCCUAAUGAAUUUGUUCUGAGAUCCUCCUCUUAUCGACAUUCUGAAGAAAAGAUGAGGCAGAAACUGCAAUUUUUCUUUAUGAAUCCUAUAGAAAAGUGGCAAGCUAAAAGAAGAUUUCCAUACAAAUUUAUUGUGCAAGUUAUCAAAAUAAUUUUAGUAACCCUGCAGCUCUGUUUAUUUGCUCACAGUCGGUAUAAUCAUAUUAAUUACACAUGGGAUAAUCGCAUUGCAUUUUCUCAUCUGUUCUUGAAGGGCUGGGAUUCCACAAGGGAGGUUAAUGCAUAUCCUCCGGGAGUCGGUCCAUUAGCAGUAUACCAGAUUUUUGAAUUUUACUUAACUAUAGAUUAUGCCAUUGCAGGGUACACAAAUCUCUCAAAUGCUAUUGGACCUUAUUCUUACACAGAGGAGGAUAAUUCCAUGCCACCACCAGUACUAUGCAUCUGUCAUUAUAAAGAAGGCACAAUAUUUGGUUUCAAUGAGAGCUAUGUUUUUAACUCUGAAAUUGAAGAAGUGUGUAUAAACAUGAAAAAUACAACAAAACCUUAUUCAAGUGAGGAAUAUCUUAAAGAGAAAAAAGUAAAUAUCAAUUUUUCUGCUUUGGUGAAGGCAACAUUGAAAUUUUCUGUGAAGACGAUAAACUUCAAAGCUGCUGGACCAAUUACUCCUCCUGACUGCUACAAAUUUGACAUUGAGAUAGACUUCGAUAAUAGAGAUCAUGAUGGUCAAAUGCUUUUGUCACUGGAUGCUGAUGCUGUCAGAUUAUCAUGCAAGGGCGAUGUGGAAUAUAUAGCGGAUAAUAAGCUCGAUUCGAUUCUCAGGACCAUACUAAAUUCAUUUGUGAUCAUCAUAUGCAGUGCUUCCUUGGUUCUGUGCAGCAGAGCAAUUUAUCGAGCUCAAGAACUGAAGUGGGAGACCAUUAACUUCUUUAAGGCAGCUUAUGGAAAGACCCUAAGUGUUGAUGGCCGUCUAGAGUUCUUAAACCUGUGGUAUUUGAUGAUUAUUGUAAAUGAUGUGCUUAUCAUUUUGGGGUCAGCUAUUAAAGAACAGAUAGAAAAACAGCAAGUUGCUGGAGAUCAGUGGAACAUUUGCAGUGUACUUUUGGGGACUGGAAAUCUCCUAGUGUGGUUUGGAGUACUGAGGUAUUUGGGAUUUUUUAAGACUUACAAUGUGGUCAUUCUUACGCUCAAGAAAGCAACACCCCAUGUUUUGAGAUUUCUUUUAUGUGCACUUCUUAUCUAUGCAGGCUUUACAUUUUGUGGAUGGCUCAUCUUGGGACCAUAUCACAUGAAGUUCCGAUCCCUAGCAAGCACAUCUGAGUGUUUGUUUGCCCUGAUUAAUGGUGAUGACAUGUUUGCAACUUUCUCCAUAAUGUCUUUAAAAUCACCAAUGUUAUGGUGGUACAGCCGAAUUUAUCUAUAUGGCUUCAUUAGCCUGUAUAUAUAUGUUAUUCUCAGCCUCUUCAUAUCAGUAAUAAUGGAUGCAUAUGAAACAAUAAAGCUGUACUACAAGACAGGAUUUCCAAAAAAUGACCUUCAGAUAUUUGUUUCUUCUGGAAGAGAUGAAGCUGUUUCAGCAAUUCAGAAUGAGUCAUUAUCAACAACAUUAUCAUCCCUCAGUGAUUUUGUUGACAGGAUAUGUUGUUGCCAGAGGAAACCAUAUGUGGCGUUGGAGUGUACAGAUUCCAGUGGUUUAAAGUCUACGUACACACAUGUUACAAAUGCAAACUGUAUUUAGACACCUAUAACAUUCCUGAAUUCUUUGAAAUAUUUGGUGCUAAAUAUUUUGUGAAUAUUGUAUAAUCCUUUUGUUCUGCUGACAAUUUUGAGCAAUUGUAGUAGUACACUGUCUACAGGCGAGUAUCAUAUUUUGUAUAUAGCCACAAACUAGUCUCUGUGUAAAAUUUAUAUAAACA